AAGGAUGGCAGAUGCCCAGACACAGGUCGCUCCUGCGCCAACUAUCCAAAUGAGGACCAGAGGGGACCUGCCCCUCCCUCCUCCCUCAGACCCAGAGGGUUUGCCGCAGCUGCCCCCCAAGGAAUCAUUCUGCAAGUUCCAGCAGCAGAGGCAAGCCAGUGAGCUGCGCCGUCUCUACAAGCACAUCCACCCCGAGCUUCGAAAGAACCUGGAGGAGGCUGUGGCCGAGGACCUGGCCGAGGUACUGGGCUCAGAGGAGCCCACUGAGAGCGAUGUUCAGUGUAUGCGGUGGAUCUUUGAGAACUGGCAGCUGGACGCCAUCGGCGACCGCGAGAGGCCAGCUGCCAGGGAACCCGUGUCAGGCGGCGACGUUCAGGCCACCUCUCGGAAGUUUGAGGAAGGCUCCUUCAGCAGCAGCUCAGACCAGGAGCCAGCUGGGCCCCGGCCUUCAGGAGGUGAUGUUCGAGCGGCCAGGCAGUUGUUUGAGACCAAGCCGCUGGAUGAGCUGACAGGCCAGGAGGAGGCAACACAGGCAACCAUGAGGGAGCCCGCAGCCAGCGGCGACGUGCAGGGCACCAGAAAGCUCUUUGAGACGAGGCCCCUGGACCGGCUGGGCUCCCGUCCCUCUCUCCAGGAGCAGAGCCCCUUGGAGCUGCGCUCGGAGAUUCAGGAGCUGAAGGGUGACGUGAAGAAGACGGUGAAGCUGUUUCAGACAGAACCUCUGUGUGCCAUCCAGGACGCAGAGGGCGCCAUCCACGAAGUCAAGGCUGCCUGUCGGGAGGAGAUCCAGAGCAAUGCCGUGAGGUCGGCCCGCUGGCUCUUUGAGACCCGACCUCUGGAUGCCUUCAACCAGGACCCCAGCCAGGUGCGGGUGAUCCGGGGCAUCUCCCUCGAGGAGGGAGCACUGCCGGAUGUCAGCGCGACUCGCUGGAUCUUCGAGACGCAGCCCCUGGAUGCCAUUCGUGAGAUCUUGGUGGACGAGAAGGACUUCCAGCCGUCUCCGGAUCUCAUGCCCCCUGGUCCAGACGUUCAGCGGCAGCGACGCCUGUUUGAGACCUGUGCGCUGGAUACUCUGAAGGGGGAAGGAGAGGCCGAGGCAGAGGCUCCGCCCAAGGAGGAGGUGAUCCCUGGUAAUGUUCGCUCCACACUCUGGCUAUUUGAAACAGAACCCCUGGAUGCUCCCAGAGACCAGGUCCAAGUCGGUCACCUGCAGCGGGUGGGCCGCCAGGAGGGUGAGGGGCUUGUGGCAGAGCGUCUACCCGGAGGUGGCCCUUUAGCAUUGCCUCUUUCUCAGGGUGUCCCCCAGAAUGAUGGACUGAAAGGGGACGUGAAAACCUUCAAGACCCUUUUUGAGACCCUCCCAUUAGACAGCAUUGGGCAGGGUGAGCCUUCAGCCUGUGGAAGUAUAGACAGAGGGCAGACGACUGAUUUGGCUGAGCAGUCCCAGGGCACAGAUGCCCCCGUUUAUGCUAUGCAGGACAGCAGGGGGAAGCUCCAUGCCCUGACGUCGGUCAGCAGAGAGCAGAUAGUCGGAGCUGACGUGCAGGGCUACAGGUGGAUGUUUGAGACACAGCCCCUAGACCAGCUGGGCCGAAGCCCCAGUAUGGUUGACGUGGUCCGAGGUAUCACUCGGCAGGAAGUCGUGGCUGGGGACGUUGGCACCACCCGGUGGCUCUUUGAGACGCAGCCGCUGGAGAUGAUCCACCAGCACGAGCAACAAAAGCGACAGCAGGAGGAGGAGAAGGGUCUGGAAGGGCCCUCUCCUGAGCCCCCCCGCAAGGGCGAUGUGCAGACUAUCCGCUGGCUCUUUGAGACCUACCCCCUAAGUGAGCUGGCAGAGAAGCAAGAAUCUGAGGCCACAGACCCCGGGAGCAGGGCUGAGGCACAGUCGUGCACGUGGAUGUUUGGGCCCCAGUCUCUGAACCAGGCUGAAGACUCUGGGGAGCAGCACCUGCAGACCAGCCAGGUCCAGGCUGGAGACAGACACACAGACAGACAUGUCUUUGAGACUGAAUGUCUGCCAGCCUCGGGCCAGCCCUGCGGGAGGAAGCCUGUACGGUACUGCAGCCGGGUGGAGAUUCCUUCAGGCCAGGUCUCCCGGCAGAAAGAGGUUUUCCAGGCCCUGGAGGCAGGCAAAAAGGAGGCCCAGGAGGCCCAGAUAAGCCCGGGGUCUGUCCCCACAGGCUCGGUGCACAAAUUCACCUGGCUCUUUGAGAACUGCCCCGUGGGUUCCCUGGCAGCUGAGAGCAUCAGAGGGGACAGCCUCCAGGAAGAGCAGCCGGACGGCUCUGCAAACCGUGGGAUGCCAGAGAGGCAGGAGACGGCAGCUGAGAGAACCCUGCGGACUUUGCAUGCCAGUCCUGGCAUCCUGCAUCAUGGGGGCAUCCUCAUGGAAGCCCGGGGGCCAGGGGAGCUCUGCCUUGCCAAGUAUGUGCUCCCAGAGCCAGGGCAGGGGGCCCCCUCCGUACGGAAGGAGGAGCUGGUGUGUGGUGAGCUCCCCAGGAUCGUCCGCCAGGUGCUGCGCAGGACGGACGUGGAGCAGCAGGGGCUGCUGGUUCAGGAGGACACGGCUGGCCGGCUCCAGCUCCAUCCACUCAGGCUGCCGGAGCCAGGUGCCCCCGGCAACACUGAAGACAUGAGCCCUGAGCUCCAGCAGCUGCUGGCUUGCAGCCUCGGAGUCUCUGCAGCAAAGACGGGGCUGGUGAUGCAAGAGACGGGGCAGGGCCUGGUGGCACUGACUGCCUAUUCCCUCCAGCCCCAGCUAGCCAGCAGGGCCCCCGAAAGGAGCAGCGUGCAGCUGCUGGCCAGCUGCAUAGACCGGGGAGACCUGCGUGGUCUUCACAGCUUGCGCUGGGAGCCACCAACUGACCCAGGUUCAGUACCAGCCGGUGAGGAGUCUCAGAGGCUCCCCCCAGCUGACAGCAUCAUACAUGUUACCCCAUUAGACCCCACCAUGGAGAUGGGGCAUCUGAGAGCCUCAGGGUCAACCCCCUGCCCACCUCCACCUCGGGCAGCUGGAAAAGUGGCCCUUGCAAACGGGAGGCCUGUAGCCCAAGCGCCACUGCAGGAAGCAAGAAAGCAAGCAGAUAUCAGCCAUGCCGGGCAGAAAGGGAAGGCAGCCUUAGGACGGCCAGAAGGAACCACAGCUUCCCCACUAGGGUCUGGGACCCCAGAUCUCCAGGAAGCCAUGCAAAACCUGCGGAUGGCAACCGCCGAAGCCCAAAGCCUGCAGCAACAGGUUCUGAACAGGUACCCACAGGGCUCUGACCCUGCAGCUGCCUCUGUGCCUAUCCAAGGUGCUCUGCAGAUGUCAGCUCCUGCCGCUGUGACCACCCACGGCAGCUUCAGGCCGAUGGCCGGAAGUGACACCAGGAUCCCAGCAGCCCCUAGAAAGGUCAGUGGGGACGACAAAGCAGUCCCCGGAGGGCUGUCAAGGGGGCGGGUGACCAUACAGGAUGGUCUCUAUGCAGCUCACCCUGUGAGGACCUCUGACCCUCCUGGGGCUGUCCAGCCUUCAAAAAAAGAGCCUCGGCCAAGGGGCAGGGAGAGUGCCCUCUCCACCCACCAUGCCAGCCAACCCCAGGCAGAGCCGGGCCAGAGUCCCAGGCCAGGGUGUCACACACAAAGGGCCUGGGGACCUCUGGGGACAGCAAAGCCCCAAAUGUGGCCCAAGGGCCUCCAAGCAGCAGACACCUCCCUGAAGACGGUCCCUCUAACCCCCCACACUCCAACAUCUACACCUGAGGCUACGGAUGCCCACCUGCACUCCCAUAAUGCCUCUGUUCCUCCCCCUCCUACUCUCCCAGCUGCUGUGACAGAACCCGACCACCCAGCUCAAGGCCCCCACCAGGAGGACUCCACCCAGCAGGCCUCUAAGCCCCUGAAGGAUUGCCCUCUUCACACUCCCGACAGACCUGUCGGCCAGAAAACCCCUGAGGGGUCAGAGACAAAAAUCUCCAAAGCGAAGUCCGCCAUACCUCCAAGAAAGAAACCUCCAGUGCCUCCCAAACCCGCACAUCUAAGCCAAGCCCACCCGCCUCGUGGGCCUCCCAAGCCCUCGGCGGGCUCUCCCAGCAUCUCAGGAACAGGACAUGACCACCAGCCAGGUAAGCCAAACACAGCCCACCCUCCGCCAGCCCAAGCUCCCACAACAGCCGGCCAGCACUGCCUGCAUCUGGCAGAAUGCUUCAAGGGACAGAAACGGGGUCAGCAUCUGCUUGGCAUCGUGGCUUCCAGGCCUGGCAAGGGUGAGACAACCAGCAGCAACAGCCAGAGCCCUGAGGCCCCUAAGGUAAACAUUCUCAACAGUGACUUCACCCCACCACAAAAGGACCCUAGCCCCCCAAACGAGCAGCUCAUGGGCUGUUCCACACCGGGGGCCCCUGAGAGCCCAGAGGCUGUGCAGGGCAGCCAACAGGAGCUCCAGGGUCUCCUGAACCAAGUCCGCGCCAUGGAGGAGGAAGCAGGCCACAGUGUGGAUGUGCAGGCCCUGCGGAAGCUCUUUGAGGGUAUCCCCCUUCUGGGAAGGGGUACCCCUCAGGCUCCCAGUCCCCCCCAUAAGACCGAGGCCUCAAUGGAGCAGGCCUUUGGGGAACUAACUCGGGUGAGCACAGAGGUUGCCCAGCUGAAGGAACAGACCCUGGCCAGGCUGCUGGACAUUGAAGAAGCAGUACGCAAGGCUCUUAGCUCCAUGGCCAGCCUCCAGUCUGAGGCACACACAAGAGGCCAUCCACAGAGAAUCCCCAAAGAUGGCAGAGUGCACAGUAUAUCCACAGACAGCACAGCCAGACCUCCAGGCUCGAGCCAGGUCAAAGAUCCAACUGUAGUAAAAAACUAAGGCAAGGUUGAGAGCCAUCCUGAGGGGCAAGGUCAAGCCAAGACCAGAAAUCAGAGGCCAGAGGUCAGGCAUCACUGCCUGUCUCCAGGAGGCCAGAGAAGAGUCUGGCCUCCAAGAGCCUCCUGCAGAGUUCCUCCUCCCCACCAACUUUCAU